UGUUCUACAGAACAAAGUUUCAAAACCUUACAAUUCGCAAAGAACAAGUAGAUCUACAACUCAAAAUAUAAAUUCAUCGAUUCCUUUAUUAAAUGAAAAACAAGGAACUCGAUUAGACUCCUUAGCUUCUAGAAAGAGGUCGACAACUCCGAGUCAAAGAUGUUCUGAGCUUUCCAGAUGUUUUGCCACCAAGAGUACUAUUCCAAAGUAUAACCAUAUGGAUGCGAAAACUUACAAUAAAACGUCUACUAAUGUUACGUUCAUUAAGGUUAAUGUUUCAUCCACUUUUCUGUCCAAAGGAAAUGUUCCUCAACCGGCAAAGCGGAUUGUUCUUUGCCCUAAUCCUUCUCCAAGGAGAAAAAGUUUGUCAAAAAUUGACCAAUGUAUCUGCACUGAAUCGUUUCCUUCUGUAUCCAAGGUGGAUCAGAAAAUUUCUGCUAAUAUUUUGCAAAAGGAAAAACCUACCUUUGUAAUUGUAACGAAUUCUGAGGAAGCAAUUCCAAGAUGCGAUUCUGAGUGUCCAUGUAGAGGAAGCUUUGACAUUCCUGAUAGAAAUCUUGUUUCUUGUUUGUAUUUCGAAAAAACGGAGGAAAAUUUUAAAUCUGAAAAUCUGUCGUGUCUAGAAACUCCUGUUGAAUUAAUAAAAACCCAAAAGUCAUUUAAUUUUCAACAGGAUCAAGAUAAAAUAAUUGUAAAUCACCAAAGAGACUUACAUGAAUAUUCUAAUCUGGAAUCUCAAGUAAAUAAUUCCUUUUCUCCGAAAAAUGAAAAUAUAAAAGUCUCCAAUAUCCAACUAUCUACAAUAGAAUCAUCUGCCAAAAAUCAUAUUGUCAAACAAAAACAUUUCAAUUCUUGCACUCCCACUCUAAAGGUAAUGGCCGGUAACCUUAAAGCAAAUACCUUUAAGGUAGUAGAAGAUUGUCGCUUAAAUCCUCAGUCGGGCUUGAUGAGAAGUAACUGUAUUUUCAAUAAAAAACUUGUAAAUGUUUCCGUACAGACUAUGAAACAGAAGGUGCUAACUAAAGGAAUUAAUAUUGACAUAAGGGAAAUGAAAGAAACAAUAUCGAAAGGUGUUAAUGUUGUCCAAAGAGAGCCAGGGAUAAAAGUUGUUAAUCCAAAUGUGGUCUCUAAGGAUUCAGUCAUUUCGUUGCAAACCAACGUCACUAAAAUCAUAUCCAUCAUAGAUAUAACAAUUUUUGAAAAUGGACCAAGAUGUACAAAACCAGUAGAGGAUUUUUGUAGAAGAGGAAUUUGUCGUGGUUGUCUGAAACGAAUGUCUCCAUGCAGUUCCUCUGUUUCAAAAGGUUUUUCACGUGGUUUUUCUUAUUCAAGUGAUUCCUUAAUACUCAAAAAUUCUCCACGUCCAAGAGGUUUUCCAAAUUCAUAUUAUCUUCCAUGUUUAACAUCAUCUCCACAUGAUCAAAAUUCAGCUGAUUUUUCAUAUUUGAUUAAAUCUUCAAUUUCUCCUGCUUCAAGAAAGUCCUCCACUAUCACGGUGAGGAAUUCAAGACUCCAUUUGAAAACUAACGUUGAUUCCAUAACUCUUGACAAACGUUGUCAAAUCAAUAGGGAGCAUCAAAAAAUUAAAUCAUGCGGCUGUGGAAGAUCAAAGAGAAUUGAUUCAAUUCACUACUCUUGGUUGUGUCCAAAAAGUGUGGCAAAAGCUCAAAAUCUAUUCAAAGCCAUUUGUGAACCAUUUUCGCAAAAAUCAAUUGACAGAAUUAAACAUCUGAUUAGAAAAAAUGUUUGUCACUUGCUUCUGAAUCAAGAAGCGAAUAAUGGUUCAAAAUCAUUUGUUUCAAGCGAGCGAUACUUCGUAAGUGUUUCCAGAGAGAAAACAUGCUCUUCUUCUAGCGCAAAUAUUUCAUCUUCACAAUUUUCCAUCACUAAAAAUUCGAGACGACGUACAAGGAGAAUGGCAGGGGGAAGUGACAAUCCCACUUUCAGUGGUAGAUAUCAAGGAGCAGGGGGAGAUGAAGAAAGUUAUGAGAUUAAGGAAGGAAAAAAACGAACGGUCUGGAAAGAGGAAGAUAGAGAAAAUAGAAAAAUCGAUAAGAUACCUAGAAAGGAUACGAUAAUUAAAAACCGAAUCGAAGAAAGAGGAAGGAGUGUAAAUAAAGAAAUGACAGAAAAAGAAGAAAUUACUUGGCAAAAAAAAACAAGUCAAUGGAUUGAACAAGAAAUAGAGGGAGGUGAGGAAGUAGGAAGCAGAAGAGGAAGAAAAGUGAAACGAAAAGUGACAAAAAUGGGGAAAGCGAAAGAAGAAAAGGGAGAGAAUGUAGAUAUGGAAAUAAAAAAUUUAAGAGGAUGGAAAGUAAAUGAAGAAAAUGCAAAUCAACAAAUAGGAUGGCAAAAAGAAAAAAGAGAAUGGGUGGCAGAGGAAGUAAACGGCGAUGAGAAAAUAAGAAGAAAAGGGGAAAAAAGAAGUGUCAGUAAAGUAGUGUCAAAAAGAAAAAAUAAAAGCGAAGAAAAGCGGGGGAUAGAAAUAGAAGAACUAGUGUGUCAAAAAGAAAAACGAUGGAUGAGCGAAAAAUUGAAAAGAGAUUAUGAACAAGAAAGCAAAAAAACUUAUAGAAAUUAUAUCCACAUCAAGAAAGGGGAAGGAAAAAAAAUAAAAGACAAACCUUUCAAUUCUCCAGGUGACAUGAUAACUUCCUAUCAUUUAGGACAUAAAAAUGGUAAGUUAUUCCAAUUAAGUGUAGGCCAAAACGACGGAACUCGUGAAGGUGAUGAAGAAAAUGAUUGCAAUGUCACGAGAAAGAUUCUUCAAGGACGAUUUAAUUUCAACAAUGAGAAGGGAAAAUUUUCAUUACCAAGCGACAAUCUUCAGAGGAAAAAUCGUUUAUCUCCUGAGAGAAGAGGGAUAGACGAAUCGUUUUGUGAUUUCGAACAAAACAUUAAAUCCAAGUUAAAAUACGUGAGUCUUUGUAAAAGCACUAAAUAUUUAAUUAGGAAGGGUUCUAACGACUUAUACGGGGUUAAGAGUCCAUCGAUUGCAUUCAUUAAUGGACCAGAUUCUCACUGAUCUCAACCAUGUCACAUUUAAAUGCAUAUUAUCACAACAAUAAUUUUAUGUAGUUUUUUGUAUAACUUUUUACAAAUCAAUAAAUCAAACUUUUUUUGCGCACAACAAUUGCGGAAGUAUAUAUCAUAUACAAAUUAUAGAUUUUCGGCAUUGAAUAAUUAA